CCUGGCCGUCAACUGGCCGUCUGUACGGAACGCGCACCCUCGUUGCCUCCCGCCGCCACACCCGCGAGGCCUCCUAUCACGCGUCCCCUCCUCCAGCCUACCGCCUAUUGCGCCCGCCUGAAAACCUGUGCCCUUACCAGCUCCGACUACUGCGAUGGCCGCGGAGGAGCCUGCAGGCAAGAACGUGCCUCUCCAAAUCACAGAAGAUGAAGCAGCGGUGUACGACAGGCAGAUCCGCCUGUGGGGCUUGGAAGCCCAGCAGAGGAUGCGCAACGCGACGAUUCUCAUGGUCCGGCUGCGCGGCGUCGCGACGGAGGCGAUCAAAAAUAUAGUCCUUGCUGGGAUCGGCAAGCUGAUCAUCGCGGACGGGGACAGCGUCUUGGAGGAGGACCUAGGCGCUGGUUUCUUCUUCCGCGAUGAGGACGUUGGCAAAAACAAAGCUGAGGCAGCAAAAGCACGGGUGGAGAGCCUCAACCCGCUCGUGACGAUCGAGGCCUUACCCAAGCAUGUCACGCAAGACAACACGUUGGAGUCGUUGUUGCACGACGUCGACAUGGUUUGUGUCACCGAUAUGGAUCGCAGCACGCUGAUCCGCGUGAACAAUGCAUGCCGACAAGCAGGCAAGCCCUUCUACGCAGGGGGGACAUACGGACUGCUGGGUUACAUUUUCUGCGACCUACUGACGCAUGAUUACAUCGCACCUGAUCGAGCAAAUCCCAAAGACUCGAGCAAGAACAUCAAGAAUACCACCGUGUAUUGUCCAAUCCAGACUGCUCUGGAGCAUCGCUGGUCGAAAUUGACCAGGCGACAGACAAAAGAGCUCAAUCCUAGUGCCAUUUUCACCAUUUUUGGGCUAUGGGAGUACCAGGCUCGUCACGGCGCCCUCCCCAACGCCACCGGCGCAGCGCCUGCCCUCGAGGAGGCGGCAAAUUCUGUCCUCGCCAAGGCUGACGUCAACCGGCAAGCAAUGCCUACUAUUCCGCACGAGUCCAUCGAGGUUGUAGCGACUACUGCAGCACACGAGCUCUCCCCUGUGUGCGCGGUCGUCGGCGGAAUGCUCGCACAGGACAUCCUCAAGGCACUCGCCGCGCGCGAGUCUCCGAUAGUGAACUUCUUCGCAUUUGAUGGAUCCACGGGUGGAGGGACAGUCUGUCGGAUGAACAUCCCCUGACGUAUCAGGGGUUCUCUCUGCCCUCCCAGCGGGUCAAUGGUUUCGAUGACGUGACACGACGGCUGCAUCCGAGUCGCGAGCGAGCGAUCUUCCACGAGAGCUCUCUCCGUUGGUGCGUGUGCGAAGGUGCAGGCCGGAGGGUGAGAACGCGUUGCGGUGUGCCUGUACGUACCGAUGGUUCUAGGCUGUUCUACUUGGCCAUCCUUGUUUUUCUGGGA